GUGAGGCUGCCGCGAUGCCCCUGGAGGUCAAAUGGCCGUUCCCACGGUGCCCGGCUCUGUCGUGGAGGAUCUCCAGCUCACUGAUCAUGGGCAUGGUGGGGUCCUAUUCCUACUUCUGGACCAAAUACAUGAACUACCUGACGGUCCACAACUAUGAGGUGUUGUGGGACCUGGUGGAUCAGAGGCCACCGGACACGCCGCUCAUCACUCUGUCCAACCACCAGUCCUGCAUGGACGAUCCUCAUAUCUGGGGCAUGUUGAGACUCCGACAGCUGUGGAACUUCAACAAGAUGCGCUGGACCCCUACAGCCUCUGACAUAUGCUUCACAAAGGAGCUGCACUCCAGGUUCUUCAGCCGCGGGAAGUGUGUUCCUGUCUGCAGAGGUGAUGGUGUCUACCAGAAAGGAAUGGAUUUCAUUCUGGAGAAACUGAAUAGAGGAGAAUGGGUGCACAUAUUUCCAGAGGGCAAAGUUAAUAUGAGUGAAGAAUUCAUACGGCUGAAAUGGGGAGUUGGCCGCCUUGUAGCAGAGUGCCACCUGAAUCCGGUGAUCCUGCCGAUGUGGCAUGUUGGUCUGAGCGACGUUCUACCAAAUGUAGCGCCCUACGUUCCGCGGACUGGCAAGAGGAUUACGGUGCUGGUUGGCAAACCAUUCAGUGUAAAAGAUCUUGUGGAGUCACUCCGGGCUGAAAACAAGAGCCAGUUGGAAAUGAGGAAGACCUUGACUGAUUUCAUCCAGGUGGAGUUCCGGAGCCUGAAGGCUCAGGCUGAGACCCUCCACUGGCAAAUGCAGACCAAAUCCUGAGUCGUGUCUUUUUUCCUGCUGAACCCCCAGAGCCAACAAGACUGUAAACCUUGACCUUUGACCCUAAGACUAAGGGUAAAAUCUUGACUACGAGAUCUUUUAAACCACGCAUCCACUAUGAGGAUGCACCAGUUUAAGUUGAGACAAACUCCCUUCUUUACUUUUGGUGCAACACAAAUGACUUUGUAUAUCAGCCAUUGUCUUUGUAGCUGCUAGAACAGACUCAGGCUGCCAAGCAGCCAAAGCUUUAAUGAGUCAAUCGCAUGGUCACAAUUUAGGCCACAAUUUAAAAAUGUAGGCCAAGAGUUUUAGAUGCCUCAACUUUUACUUUAUCCGAAUUUUUUUAUAACAUUGAGAUCACAUCACAGAAUGCAAAAUGUGAGACGUUAACAUGAUGGUGUCUGGGCGUCAUCACAUACAGACACAAGCUGCUGUUGAGCCAACUCCUAAAUACUAGUGAGCAACACGCUUGUUGGCACAUUCACUUUAGUGAUUACUAAUUACACCCAUCGGUAAUUAGUGAUCUAGAGAUAAUCAGGAAGUUGCUACUAUUCCACAGUCGAUGACUGCUAGGGUUUUGCUUUUAUAGACUGAAUGCAGCUGACAGCUUUUGUAGCUUUUGUAAUAUGACAUUGUACAGGUUUUAAUUAUGAAGUCAAAGUCAGUUUGCAGGUUCUUGCACUGUUGGAGGCUGUGUGUUCAUGUCAUGUGCUUUCGGAUUCAAAGACACCGUCCAUCACACACAUCCCCACAGAUCAGUUGAGUGAUGUAAUAUUUCAUAAAUCGACUGCCUUACUGUCAUUGUCUCUUUCCUAUUGCAACAAAGGCCAAUAAAAUGUUUGCAUUUUUACAUUUUAAACAUA